AUGGCAGAACCAAAGAACGACGCAAGUGGGCAACAUGACUUUAAUAAGUCAACAGAGCAUCAGGCUGUCGACCAAGAGAUCAAGCUCAAGUCCGGAGACGUAGUCGAGGAAGUGAGUUCCGACGAAGAGGACCCGGUCGUGACUUUCAAGACCUGGAUCGUCGUGGGUAUAUUGUCUUGUGGCUAUGGAUUGUCCUUCUGGCCGAUUCCAGUCAUGGCAAACAUCGGCGGCCUCGUUGGUGAAGAACUCGGUGCCCCGUCCAAAUACAUCUGGUUCAUUCCCUCCUGGACGAUAUCGAUCACAGUUUGCUUCAUGCUAUGUGGCGCAAACACUGACAUGUUGGGCCGUCGGUGGUUUUUGACCAUUGGAAAUCUGAUAUGUACCGUCGGCCACGUUGUCACCGCCUCGUCCAAAAACGCCAAUGCCGUGAUAGCAGGAAUGGCUAUCUCUGGGUUUGGUGGAGGGAAUUGUCAGAUGGCUGCAUUUGCACUGCCCGAAUUGCUCCCGAACAAAUGGCGCCAUAUCGGCGUUGUCAUCGCUGAUUUAACAACCCUUCUGGCUGUGAUCCUGGCGCCAGUUACUGGAUUGUACGGCUUCCAUUCAGACUCUUGGAGGUGGAACUUCUACGCUGCCGCAAUCGCCCAGUUCCUUUCAUUUCUAGGCUUACUCUUCCUCUACUUCCCACCAGCUCAUCCAAAUGGGCUUCCAGUCAGACAGGUGCUACCAAAAAUCGACUAUGUCGGCGGCGUCUUGUUCGUUAUCGGAGCAGUACCGGCCCUCGUCGGAAUGGUGUAUACCACAGUUGUGCCGUCCAACAAUGUGCAUGUGAUUGCACCACUGGUAAUUGGAUUUUUCUUCAUCGUGUGCUUUGCCCUGUGGGAGACAUUCUCGGGGAUCGAACAUCCACUGACCCCAAGGUAUGUGUUCGCGUCCUCCUGGGGUCGCGACUUCACCGCUCCAGCCAUCGCGUUGGCCGUGGUGAACAUGUUCUACUAUUCCGGAAGCAUUCUGUGGCCGACGAUCGUCAACGCAUUCUACACGAAUGGCGGCGCAGACUGGCGUUACGGUAUCGUUUUGUCCUUGCCCCAGGGCCUGGCCAUCACCUUCGGCGCCGUACUCCUGUCCGUAUUUGGGAGCAAGAUCAGGAACUGGCAGUGGCAGUUGACCGGUUCCGUGUUCAUCAUGGUCCUCUUCGGUUCCCUGUUGGCGCUGGUGACACCCACAAAUAAAGGUCUGAUGGUUGCAUUCAUAUUUUUGUCUCAGUGUGCCUAUGGCUGGGCGAUCUACCUGUCUAUUGCCGUUGCUCAGAUGGGCGUUGAGCAUAAAGAUCUUGGCUUGAGCGGUGGCAUCGCCGGUGUUUUCCGGUUUGCCGCAGGGUCGAUUGGGGCCGCUGUAUACACCACGAUCCUCACCAACGAAACAAACAAGGCGGUAGCGAGGCUGGUUCCUGCGGCUGCUGUUGCCGCUGGCCUUCCACAGUCAAAGAUCACGGAUCUCUUAAGCGCCAUUGGGACCCCAGCCCUUUCCACAGAGUUCAGCCAAGCCGUGGUCCAGGCCGUAGGAAUUGCAUUGGACCAAGCUCAUGUACACGGUAUCCGAAUGGUUGCCUUUGCCUCGCUGGCAUUCGGCAUCGUCGGCAUACUAGCCUGCAUGUGCUGCAAAGACGUCGACAAAAAGAUGAAUAACAAGAUUGAGGUGUAUCUCGAGAACACAGAGUACGCGAGCAGGAACAAGUAUCACUAG